AUCAUAUGAAGUUAAAUGGCGUCUCCUUGCACGGGGUUGUCUCUAGAAUUGUUUGGUCACGUGUCUGAGUACCAACAAGUAACUGCAGCACUCACAGGCAGCACGUAUCAGUCCAGCAUACCGUUCAAUGUAGGAACAUACAAGUAUGUAUGUCCCUUGGAAGCCACGCAGUUCUCCAAUGGGACCAAAAGCAAUGUCUAUGGACUGGUGACGUCAUGUUAUUCGGCGAUCGACUCGCGAGAUGGUCAGAAGUACUUCUUAAGGAGAGUGCAUAAUUUCAGACCUGCCACGAGCAAGGUCAAUUGGUUCAUAGAAGCUUGGAAAAGAGUGUCACAUCCCAAUUUAGUUAAAUUCAAGGAGGUUUUCACAACAAGAGAGUUCAAUGACCCCUCAACUAUUUUCGUUUACGACUACCUGCCAUCGGUUACGACUCUGUGCCAACGCAUAAUCUCUACCACAGCCGCGGCAAACCCCACCGCCCGAAAUUCAGGAUCCGUACCCAAAAUUCUCUUCCCGGAGACACUCGUUUGGAAUUACAUUGUACAGCUGACUUCUGCCAUGCGCGCGGUUUUUCACGCGGGUCUAGCUUGCAGGAGUAUAGAUGUGACAAAGAUCCUGGUUGAUUCUCACAACAGACUCUACCUCAAUGGAACUUGUGUGCAAGACGUACUGCUAUGCGAACAUUCUCCAAACAUCACUCGUCCGAAUGAUGUGGUGUUGAUUCAACAACAGCAGCAGGACGACAUGAAGAAUCUUGGCAAGGUCACAAUGGCACUUGCAUGUGGGUCUGUGAUGGCGCUGCUGCCGGAGAACUUCAAGAGCUCCUAUGAUCUCAUAUUCACGGGCGGCCAGUUCUCAGACGACCUGCGUAACUUCAUUAAUUACAUCUUCACUAACGUCAACGUCCGCAAGAGCCUCAACGAACUAAUGCCCAUGAUAGGUGCCCGCUUCUACGCGCAGUUCGAGGCCUCUGAGCUGAAAUGUGACCAGCUGGAGCGUGAGCUGGUGAAACAAGUGCACAAUUCACGUCUGAUGCGCCUCAUGGCCAAGUUGGCAUCCAUCAACGAGAGGCCAGAGUUCAAUCUGGACUCUUCUUGGAGCGAGACAGGGGACAGAUACUUGCUGAAGCUGUUCCGAGACCACGUAUUUCACCAGGUUACAGAAGACGGUGCGCCGUGGUUAGACAUUUCACACAUUAUAAACUGUCUGAACAAACUGGACUGUGGCGUGGACGAGAAGAUUCUGCUCGUGUCCAGAGACAACCAGAACGCACUGGUUGUGACGUAUGCUGACUUGCGCAUGUGUCUUGAGAACAGCUUCACUGAACUCAGUAAUCCAACACUGACAAGGGCGACGGUGGAUGUGAAUGCUGGUUCCGGGGCAUACAUGAGUGCCGGUGGCGGAGUGGAUCGGCAGAACGGACUCCUAGUUCAAGGACAACAGCAGCAGCAAACAUUGUCAUUCUCAGCUGCGGGAUCGUCGUCGGUUGGAGGGUUGCACAGCCACGGAUCAUCUGCGAUGGUGGGAGGAGGAGAUGCGGCAAUGACGUCACAUCACAAUUCAGUCACAGUCAAUCUAGCCCCGGACGCCACGAACGUAGAGGGACACGGGGGAAUCAUGGUGAACGGUAUUGGGGGGCAAGCAUCAACCGCUACAAUUCACAUGCAGGCGGCUGCUAUGUACAAUGGGACUGUAUAGAAUAAAGAAAUAAAACAAACUCAAGAUUGCUUGCUUGCUUUACAGCAGAUGUUAAGUGCAAACUUCGAUCCCUAAUUUUUGGGGAGGUAAAUGGAAAAAUGGAGAAGCUGUGAAGGAACACGGGGAGACACAAGAUUGAAAGAAGAAAAACAGUAAAUUUUUCAGACCACAAAUUUUAUGAACUUUGGUGCGCACUAUGAUAACAACCUUUUUGGUGAAUGGUGUAGUUACGAUGUUCUAUUAAGUUUACAACACUUCUGUAGUAACCCUAACUGUCUAGAAGUAGAUCAAUAAGUAUCGUAGGAAUCCAUAAAUUGUUGGCCCUUUAGAUUCAAAAAGCUCGUUGAAGUUUCCUAACCCGCACUUGAAGGAGACAACUGAUUUCUUAGCGCUGUAUCAUCAUAAUUGCCAUCCAUCUCUUUUACUUUGAAAUUAGGCCUCCGCUGCAUUAGAGAAGUUUAUUUGAGGAAAAUAAAUAUUUUAUUAAUUUUAGUGUCGAAUUUGCGUGUAAUAGAUCUGUCAGAAUUUAUCGAAAACAGUAUUUUGCAGUGCAAAGUUAACCCAAACUCGUAUUGCAGCUCAAUGUCUAUGAUUAAUGAACUCGGAUUUUUGAGUCUGCAUUAGUAAUGAUAGAAUAGAUCCAGCCACACAUUGUCUUGCAAUAUGGAUACAUUGAAUUAUUUCCGUUUCGUCUAUUUCUGAAUCUCACUGUCGCAAUAUUGUAUAUUGGAUGUCUUUUUUGCCCCAAAAGGGAAAGGUCAAAUGCGACAGGUGACCCAUGGUGUAUUUAUAAAUCUGCUGAGUUUUCUAGUUUCUUCAGGCGCAUUUUUGUUUGCUUUAUUCGGGCAUCGUUUCUCGUCUGGUGUCUGUUGUUGCUAUUUGUCCUGCUCUUCAUUAGCGGGUAUAUUUUUGUAGUUUGUUCAUUUCAGUAUCUGUGCUAAAUACUAGUUGUCAUAGAAGCAAUAUUUGUACACCAUUAUUAAAAAGAAAGUUGAAAAAAUUACAAACAUUUGAAAAUCUGA